AUGCCCGGACUCGACAUGGCGCCCCUCGUGGCUGAUGAUAUGAGAGUGCUGGGCCAGGAUCCUUUGAUCCCUCCUGCCCUUCUCAUUUCAGAGAUCCCCAUGACAAGUUCUGCCCUUCACACCGUGGUCAAGGGCAGACGGGAUGCCGUGGGUGUCAUUAUGGGCCGUAACGACCGCCUGCUGGUGGUUGUUGGGCCGUGCUCUCUCCACGACCCAGCUACGGCGCUCGAGUAUGCGGCAAGGCUCAAGGCUCUCGCGGACAAGCUUGAGAACGAUCUUGUCAUCAUCAUGCGCGCCUACCUAGAGAAGCCGCGGACGACAGUGGGCUGGAAGGGUCUCAUCAACGACCCCGACAUCGACCAGACCUUCAAGAUCAACAAGGGGCUCCGGGUAUCCAGACAGCUCUUCCACGACUUGACAUCCGCGGGCGUUCCUAUUGCUAGCGAGAUGCUCGAUACCAUCUCCCCCCAGUUCCUAGCCGACUUCAUCUCGGUCGGCGCUAUUGGUGCACGGACAACAGAGAGCCAGCUUCACCGCGAGCUCGCGUCCGGCCUUUCGUUCCCGGUCGGAUUCAAGAACGGCACAGAUGGCAACCUGGGUGUUGCCAUCGACGCCAUUGGCGCUGCCGCUUCCAAGCACCACUUCAUGGGUGUCACCAAGCAAGGACUGGCCGCCAUCACCCGGACAAAGGGUAAUGAGCAUGGAUUCGUCAUCCUGAGAGGCGGCACCAAGGGCACCAACUACGACAAGGAGAACAUCCAGGCCGCCAAAGAGACCCUGACCAAGAAGGGCCAGAAGCUGGCGAUCAUGGUUGACUGCUCGCACGGCAACUCCAACAAGGACCACAGGAACCAGCCCAAGGUUGCAAAGGUCGUCGCCGACCAGCUCCGCGAGGGCGAGAAGGCCAUCAUUGGUGUCAUGGUCGAGUCCAACAUCAACGAGGGCAACCAGAAGGUGCCCGCCGAGGGCCCGUCGGCGCUCAAGAAGGGCGUCAGCAUCACGGAUGCCUGCAUCGACUGGGAGUCUACCGUCACUGUUCUCGAAGACCUUGCGGCGGCCGUUCGCGAGCGCAGAAAGGUCAACGGCGGCUCGUCUAACGGCAACGGCGCAGAUCACAAGGCUACCCUGCUGGAAGAAGAGUAG